AUAACAUUAUUUACACUUUCACAGAAAAGUUUUCAAAAAUCAUAAGAAAGUCAGAAAAAAAAUUUAAUAAAAUUUCAAAAUCUUACGUAAAAAAUUCAAAAUUUAUUAUAAACAUAAACCAUUUUUGAAACAUUAUCAAACUGCGUUAAUAAAAGCGCUGUAACAGCGAAUUCCUACGGAUUCUACAAAUCAAAUUAAAUCAUAACGAAAAUUCAACUUAAAUUAGGUCGCUAAUUCCAUUUCAUGCAAGUUUUGUCCAUGCGCAAAUCACAGAAGAAUCCAAAAACAAUUACCGUUGAAAAGUUAAAAGUACGGCGUAGUAGUGUGUAGGCGAUCCCAUUCGGUUAUGCCAAUACCACCGCAAAAAACGUUCACGAAAUGUGCGACGAGUAAAAUUGUAGAAAACCAAAUCAUCGACCAUAUCAAUAAUAAUACGAACAAGACCGACGAAAGCACAAAUGUUAACGAGGUGUUACGACAGCAUGGUGGUGCUUCCAAAGAAGAUGACCGAUCGCAAGCAGACCUCUCCGUGCAACGCGUAGGAUCGGGUGCAACUUUAGCGACUGAAACAAAGUCCUACAUAAAUGGACGACCGAAAACCAUAUUAGAAGAUCAUGGCAUAGUACUUGGUAAGGUGAUAGGUACCGGUAAUUAUGCAAAGGUAAAAAUUGGGUUUUCGGAGGAGUAUGGCAAACGUGUCGCCGUUAAAAUUAUAUCGAAAGUGAAAGCGCCAGCGGAGUAUACGACAAAAUUUCUACCACGUGAAAUUGAAGCCGUCAAGGGAUUGCAUCACGAGAACUUGAUAACGUUCUAUCAAAGUAUCGAGACUAGUCAUAGAGUUUAUUUAAUCAUGCAACUGGCAGAGAAUGGCACACUACUCGACUAUGUACGUGAAAAGAAGUUCCUUGAAGAGCCACAUAGUCGCAAUCUAUUCCAACAAUUGAUCAGCGCCGUAGAAUAUAUACAUUCGAAGAAUGUGGUGCAUCGCGACAUAAAAUGCGAGAACCUCCUACUAGAUGAAACAUAUACGCUAAAACUAAUCGACUUCGGUUUUGCGCGCAAAGAUACGCGUACCAGUGAUCAGCAAGUGAUACUCUCGAAAACCUUUUGCGGUAGCUAUGCCUAUGCGAGUCCUGAAAUCCUCAAAGGUAUUGCCUACGAUCCUUUCAUGUCCGAUGUCUGGGCAUGUGGUGUUGUCUGUUAUGCAAUGGUUUUCGGGAGACUACCCUACGAUGGCUCCAAUGUGCAUAUACUACUUAAACGCAUCAAUGCUGCACUUGCUUUUCCUAAGAAUCCGGUGGUCUCUUUUGAAUGUAAACAGCUAAUUGGCCACAUAUUGGCACCAUUAAAAGUGCGGUAUGCGAUACCGCAGAUUAAAGAGGAUUCCUGGUUUGGUAGAACCUAACGAAUAUGCUUACAAAUGAAAAAAAUUUCUUUAAAACAUUACACGGAAAUUAAACUACAAAUUCUAGUUUGCAAUGAAAUUGAUUGUUGAUUUCCUAAGGAAUGUAUUAACUAUGAAAGAAAAUAAACGUCGAAAGAGAUGGAAGAUAU